ACAUACCUUGCGGACAUGCACGACCAUGGUCGCGUUUUAGUGCGAGUGAGCUAUUGGUGCUUUCUGAAGGGCAUUGGAUAUGGCAUAAGCACCCACACAAAGCUUCCCUCAGAGGUCGCGACACUGCGAUUUCUUGAGGCUCACACCACAAUCCCUGUACCUCGCGUGUUCUUUUAUGACAACGAUACGGAUAAUGCAGUUGGUGGCGCUUGGAUGGCUAUGGAAUACAUUAAAGGCGUACCAGCUAAUUGGAUGUGGCAAGAAUUGAGUGCUGACCAACAACAUCAGCUAUGCACCGCCAUCGCUGAUGUUUACUCGGAGCUGAUGAACAUACGGCUUCCACAGAUUGGUAGCCUCUUCCAGGACCUACAUGGACAGUUCUUUGUAGGGCCUAUGACAACGAUGCAAUUCGGCGAAAACGGGCAGGUACCACCAGACCCGCACCGUUGUGGUCCGUUUCUCUCCGUAUCCGAGUGGCUUAUUGCUGUGGCUUCUGGAUAUCUCAAAUUCUCCCCUCGCGUUCCUCAUACCGAACAGAAGCAGAAUAGGAUGAAGUCAGUCAUUAACGAAAUUCGUGGAUCAGACCUCGUGAGAGAUGACGCUACUCCAUUCGUUCUUGACCACGUCGACUUCUCCAUGCAGAACAUCCUCAUCCAUAGGGAUAACCCUACCCAGAUCUCUGCAGUUAUUGACUGGGAGGGUGCAAGGUUUGUCCCGAUGUGGGCUGCAAACCCUAUAUUUCGUUGGCCAAUGGGCUUUCCGGCGGAAGAGAGCGAACAUUUUUUGCAGGUUAUUUCAGAACGGAUCUCAGAGAAUGUUCCGCAGUGGAAAGAUGCAUUCAGUCACGGUACUGAUGAUCUAAGGAGUCUGGGUGACAGGGCUGUACAUAGCACCCAAGCAGGCGAAGGCGAAGUUGAUUGGACAAAACCGCCUUAUCAUCAUCUGUCUGGAAAUAGAUUUUUUAAAAUCUGAUCCCCCUCUAAUGUCUUCCUUUU